AUGGCGUCUGCGAAGAAACCCACCGAUCAAAUCAAGCAACUCAAAGACAUCUUCGCUCGAUUCGACAUGGACGGAGACGGAAGCUUAACACAGCUCGAACUCGCGGCUCUUCUCCGUUCACUCGGAAUCAAACCACGAGGAGAUCAGAUCUCUCUCCUCCUUAACCAAAUCGACCGUAACGGUAACGGAUCCGUCGAGUUCGACGAGCUCGUGGUGGCGAUAUUGCCGGAUCUAAACGAAGAGGUCCUGAUAAACCAAGAACAGUUAAUGGAGGUUUUCCGUUCGUUUGAUCGUGACGGUAACGGACAGAUAACGGCGGCGGAACUAGCAGGUUCGAUGGCUAAAAUGGGACACCCGUUGACUUACCGUGAAUUAACGGAAAUGAUGACGGAAGCUGAUUCUAACGGUGACGGUGUUAUUAGUUUCAAUGAGUUUGCACAUAUCAUGGCCAAAUCAGCUGCUGAUUUUCUUGGAUUAACCGCUUCUUAA